CGUGAGCUAGCCGUAGUGAGGCUGAGCGCGCUGCGACUUUCCUUCAGCUGCAAUGUCAGACACACACUCCUGAGUAACCCUUUCUUUCACGCUCGUAGAGGGCUCUAUCUUUUCGUGCGCGACACCUUCGAUCCCGGAAACCACCCAUAAACCACCACGUCGACUGCGAUAUCGAACUUGCUCGGACCCAAUCGAUAGGGCUGAGCCGCGUAAACACAGCACCUCUCUGCCUGGUGUCCAUAACAACGCACCUCGGUCGCCUUCGAAAGGGCCACAGAAGCAAUCAUGCCGGUCGGGCGCAUAACACAGAGCUAUAUCCAGAAAUGCAAGAUUGGGUUGCACUUCUUACAGGUCAUCUUCAUUUUCGUAGCGGGAUGCCUUACGAUUGCUGUGAUGACGAAGGGUGACAUUGCUGGCCCAACAAAGUACUACUUUGCUAUGUGCUUCCUUAGCAUUCCAGCCAUCAUAUACCUCGUAAUGGUGCCCAUGUGGAGCCGAACUAAGAAAUUCGCAAACGCAUACGCUUUCCUUGGGGUCGACGUCAUCUACACAAUACUAUGGUUCGCAGCUUUCGUCGCAGUUGCGAUGUGGAACUCGACCGGUAUCAAACAGGGAGCAGAAGAACAGAAGAUUGACGCUGAUAAACGCAACUGCACUACGUUCAAGUACGGCAGCGAGACAAUGUGCAACAUCAGCAAGGGUGCUGUUGGCGUCGGCGUGAUGAUCUUUAUCUUCUUCAUCCUGACGAGUUGCAUCUCUGGCUACUACAUGCACAAAUUCAUUCGUGAAGGCGUCCUUCCCUACGAUUCCAAGAAAGAAAAUCCCUACUAUGCGACCGGCGAUAACAGCAAAGACAAUGCCUGGUCUACUGAGAUCGAGGCGCACGAGUCUGACGAUGACGACAGACGCACGGAGCGCGGUGGCAACCAGGAGGAAGACGAGUACGCACUCCUACACUCAACAGAGACAGACCAGGGCAGACAUCCGGGCCGGCCGCUGAGCUGGGGUGAGGAUAGAAACGGCGAGCCGUAUGACAGGCCGACAGGCUAUGCGGAUUUCAGGAACAGCACAAACGAGUAUGGCUCGGAUGCGCUGUCGCCUGGAGGGUAUACUCUGGGCGGUGGUUACGAAGAAUUCCGACGGGAGGCCGUCUCAAACAUGGACGCGAGUGUCGGUCCUGCUGGUGACAGGGCGCCAAGUCGCGCAUCGCAUGGAGGAACUGGCUACAGCUUUAGUGGGGCGACCAAGGUGUAAGUAAGGAUAUCGGCGCUGUCGUUCGUUUUGCAUCUGGAAUCAAUCUCGUGUCUUUUGCGCUUUAGCGAUAUCAGCAUCAAGCAUAGUUCUCUUGCUAUUGAGGGAUCGAUCUUGGCGUGUUUCUGAGCCAAUUCAUGGAACAUAUAUUUUAAGCAACACUACCUGCCUGAAGAGCAAUACCUGACUGGAGAUUCAUGUGAUUCGAACCGAUCGCUUCCUCCAAUGACUUAUGAUUUGAUAAUUAUUUCGCAAAUGCACAAUGUAGGUUCCUGAGAGGUGCAUGGCAGAUAUUCAUCGAGCAAUCAUCUGAUCAAUGACUGAGAGUGUGAUGGUUUGCCCUUGCAGACAGGUUUCCG